AUAAAAGCGGAGAGGGACGAACUCUACAACCGCGAGCAGCUAAAAUUUCACCCACUGCAAGUUUUUAGUGCCAGUCAAAGGCACUCCUCCACCUUCAGGUAUUUAUUUGUCUUCAAUUCAAUUGCAGUUCAAAGUCUCACCUACAGAAAAAGGAUCGCCGAGGCGCGCUGCAGCCUUCUAACAUACACGAUUCCAUGGGCUCCAAUGCCAAUUUCUGUGACCGGCGCGUGGGCAUCAUCUACGACGACCGGAUGUGCAAGCACACAACCCCUGACGGCGAGGAUCAUCCCGAGAAACCUGACCGGAUUCGGGUAAUCUGGAAACGGCUCCAAUCUUCCGGCAUAGCUAAGAGAUGUGUAAUUCUUGAUGGAGAAAAUGCUGAAGAUAAACAUAUAGCCCUUGUUCAUUCCAAAUUUCACACAGAAUUUAUUAGAAGUAUAAGCUCUGCAAAGUUAGCUUCAAGAAGAGAUUCGAUUGCUGCUCAAUUUAAUUCCAUAUAUUUCAACGAAGGGUCGUCAGAGUCAGCUUAUCUUGCGGCUGGUUCUGUAAUAAAGGCUGCUGAGAAAGUUGCCAAUGGAGAACUUCAGUCUACCUUUGCUAUUGUCAGGCCUCCUGGACAUCACGCUGAAGAGAAUGAACCCAUGGGGUUUUGCCUUUACAAUAAUGUUGCUAUUGCAGCAAGUUAUUUACUGAAUGAACGCAAAGAUUUGGGCAUUAACAAAAUUUUGAUUGUUGAUUGGGAUGUUCACCAUGGUAAUGGUACUCAAAAAAUGUUUUGGAAGGACCCUCGUGUACUUUUCUUUUCUGUUCAUAGGUAUGAAUUUGGGAGCUUCUAUCCAGGUGGUGAUGAUGGGUCUCAUGUGAUGACUGGGGAAGGGUUAGGAGCAGGAUAUAAUAUUAAUGUGCCUUGGGAGAGUGGUUGUUGUGGUGAUGCGGACUAUCUGCGGUUUGGGAGCAUAUAUUGAUUCCUGUGGCAAAAAGUUUUUGUCCUGACCUUGUCAUUGUCUCCGCAGGAUUUGAUGCUGCUGUUGGUGAUCCUCUUGGUGGAUGUCGAGUAAGUCCACAUGGAUACUCAGUAUUGUUGAGCAAGUUAGUGGAGUUUGCUGGAGGAAAAAUUGUUAUGGCACUUGAAGGAGGAUAUAACCUUGAUUCUAUAGCAAAAUCUGUUCAAGCAUGUGUUGAAGUAUUGCUGCAGCGAGAGCCUAUUCCAGGGUCAUUAGAUGCAUAUCCAUUUGAAUCCACAUGGCGAGUAAUUCAAAAUGUCCGUGAAGAGUUGAGUGUUUUUUGGCCUACACUAGCUGUGAAGUUGGACAAGAAUGUAACCAAUAAAAGAACACAUCAAUCUCAGACCUUUAUCUCAGAUUCUGAAGAUGAACACAGUGGUCCGGAUGUGGUAUCAGAAGAUCAUGACAAGGCCAUAGAGAACGUGUUAGUGACACUUUCAAGCCUGACAAUUAAUCCAGAAGCUUCUGCUCCCAGUUCCGAAGCAACUAUGGACAUAAGUCAUUUGCAACAGGUUGGUGGUGCUGGUAAAAGGAAGAGAAAGGUCAAUGAGCCCGUUCAACCACGGAUUCUGGAGGCCUCCCAACCGGUGGUUCAACAGCCGGAGCCGAUCCGACAGGUGCCACUCGAGCAGCUCAUCAUGUCAGGAUCCAACCAAAAUCAGCUCAUCACUCAACUGUUCCCAAGAGAACAUUGGAUCAAACUGUUGGACAACAACUUCCAGCUGGACCUAAAGCUUUUCAAAUGCCAAGAUCCAGUCAUCCCAGCAAUAAUUAAGGGUCACUAUAUCUGCAUCGCAUUCCACAAAGCUACCUCAAUACCGGAGAUAUACCUACAGGAGUUCAGGGACAACAUGUACACAAGUUCCAAGAAGGACAGAACCAAGAUCUUCACAAAGCUGAAUAACAUGAGAGUGGUGCUGACACCUUCUACUCUAAGAGAGGCCUUGAAGCUGCCUUUGCUCAACAACUAUGCACCACUCCCGACGAAUGAAACACUAAUCACAGGGAUGCUGGACCUAGGCUACGAUGCUCCCCUGACACUGAUCUCCAACUUCUGCAUCACAAAUCUGCCUCACCCAUGGAAGAGUCUGUUCGGGUUGGUCAACAAGUGCUUAUCUUCUAAGCACGUCGGACACGACAAGUGCAACAAACAAAUACUUCAAAUCUUCCACGGGAUCGCUUUCAAUAUACAGUACGACAUGGCACAGCUCUUCUGGACAGAGUUGACGGACCAAGUGAAAGCGAAAGAAAAAAACAAACGAGGCACUAUUCCAUAUGCUCGGUGGCUGGCCCUGAUCAUCAACGACAUCAUGACGUCAAACCCGGCCAUACCGAGACGCAGUGAAGAACACCAUUUUGUUGCACCAAAGCUGAAAUACUUCAAAAAGGACAACCAUAAUGCUGCUGGAAUGGCUAUCCCUGAAUCACUCCUCACUCUUGCCAACCAAAAGGAUCCAGCAGUCGUCCAAUACAGAGAAGCUCUUCAGAGAACAGUCCCUAUGGUUCAACAAACCCCAGCUAGACCUUUCCAAAGGGCUAAGCUGAGUGCAAGUAAGGGUCCAAAGAGAGCCAAACCGCCACAAAAACCAGUGGCACGUCAGCCUAAUGGUGACCAAUCUGACCACUCUUCCGAGAGGACUCAGACUGCUGAGGGCCACACCCAUGAUGCUGAGGAACCUGUCGAUGAACCAUCAAGUCCAGCCACCAAUAAGGCUGAUGGGGUGGCAUCCGAUAGCAUGGCUGAAAGGAGAAGUGCUGACGAUGAUGAGGAUGAGGAUGAUGACAUUAACGAUGAUGAAGCAACUGAGUCUUUGACCCAAAAGUCUAAACGCGCAGGAAAGCAGAUCAUCAAGGUCAACACAGCUGACUACGAAGAGGCCGAUCACCUGCGUAAACCCCAGAAAGGGAUAAUCAUUAGUGAGACGCGCUCGAAGCAACAAAACGACAUCAUCUCAUCACCCAAGCCGAAAAAAAGGCUAGUGAAGAAGAGCAUAAUAGAGGAAGAGAUGGAUCUGUAUGCUGAUUGCGAACCUUUCUUACAGAUAAGCCGAACCUCACCCCUAGGUGCAGGAGCUGACCUUGUCAGUUCCCGGGUAGAAGUCGCAGCAUCUGGUUCUACUGCGCACUCACAGCCAUCUCCCACCCACUUUUCAGCCUCCCAACAGGCUGGAGUUUCAAUAACUCAAGGGGAACUUAUACCCACCUCUCUGGUCCUUUUUGGAUCAGUUGAGAGAAUUAGUGGUCAACAGCCCCAGACCACAACCCCUCCUUCCAACACAUCGAGUCUAGGUGUCACAUUUCCCACAUUUUCUGCAUUUUCUAGGGCACCUAUACUUCUCACUGCACAUACAGGUACACACACCCUGAAUGCAACGACCAGAGUGCAAACAAUGACGGUCGGAAGCCCUGCUACGCACACAAUGACUCAAUCAUUGAACGCAGGCCACACAUCAGCUAUCUUCACUGAUGAUGUGACAACAGUUACAACUCCUGUAACUGGUACCCUUAUCCCUGAAGACUUAGCCGUUCUCCUGAAUCGUUUUCUGGAGUCCACCAUAAUGCCAUGGGUGCACCAAACAAUAACCGCUCGGGCACAGGAGUUCAGAAACACCCAAAUGGUUCAGAGUGAACACACCCAACCCCAACCUCAGCCCACACCCGCUCACUCCCAACCACAAAAUAUCCCAACCCUUUCUCCACACGAAUCUGACACCUCUACUAACAAACCCACCAGGCCUACCAAUUCUAGGAGAACCCAUGAUACAGAACUAGUAUCAUCCCCUCCAUCGACCACACCUCACCCUAAUCCAUAUACCAUGUCGCUCACUCACCUCUCUGACAUUAUGUUUCUAAGACUUCUAGAAACUGAAGAACGCCACCUUACCCCUCUUCAACGAGCUCUUCUUCAGGUUUUCCUAAAACACGAUAGCCCAUGCCGUGACAGUCCUCGUGGUCACAAACGUUCGCAUGAGGACCCUGAUGAUUCGGCUCCUCAUGAAGGGGAGAACAAGAGACCACGGACACUUGAGCAUGGUGCUUUAACAAGCCAAACCCUGCAGCCAAACCAACCAUCAUCCUCAACCAACCAACAACCACCGUCCUCUACCCAAAACCAAACCGCUAGCCUUCAAAUCUCUAGUCCGAUCAAGCUAGAUAAAACAUUCCAAGGCUUGUCUCCUAGAUAAAACAUGCAGAUCAAGGAGGGAAUGGAAGUCCUUGAUGGUGUUACCUCUAGUACAUCUUUAAUCUCAGGCCAUCAGUUAGAACCUAGUUCGAAGCUGAUGACCACGGGCAAUCCUACUGAUCCCAGUACUACAGACAACAUGUCACCAAAGCAGCAGCAAACUCCCUCUACUCCUCCAUCAAAUGACAUUCAUGAUGAGCUUGAAGAUAUUCUGAUCCAUGAAUCCAUGACAAAUGGCCUUGCAAAUGGACGGAGUGGGAUGAUUUGAGAAUAGAACCAUAAAAUUAUGAAAUGCAAAGAAGCUGACAUCUUCGAGAGCUGCUUGCCAAGUGUGUUGCUGAUAUCAUUAGGCUUGAUGAAGACGAACUCAAGGAAGGAGAAAAUUACAAAGAAACUCCCAAGGAGCUAGAAUCCAUAAUCAGACAAACAGCGGUGAAAAUGCCCAAGAGUGAAAAGCCAUGGGAGAAUGUGCGAAUAAAUGCUCCUUUCCAUGACGAAAUCCGAAAGCGCAUAUGGCGAAAACCCGAGAACAUAAAGGAACUUGACGAGCUAAAAGUUCGAGGACAUACUCAUCUAAAAGGAAAACAAGUCGGAGGACAUCUGCACAUGCUCAGUCAUCGAUCUAUGGGAAAGCAACGAGAAAUCUUGGAGAACGAUUUGAAGACCUUCAAGUUUCCGAAGAUUAUGAAUGUGCAAGAAGAAGACCAUCACGGUAUACAGUUCUACACCUACAAGCUUCAACGCACAGACAGAAGUGAAUUCAUCUGCCAAGAGAACGAUAUGAUUAUGCUGAAAAUGGAUGACGUCUACUAGAUGUUCAUGGCCUGCAGAGACCUUCCUAUCAGAACAAACAGAGUGUGCAGAGAAGGGUUUGAAGCUAUAAAGAGAUUCAUGCUGCUCAUGGUGUCUUUCCAGGGCGCUGCGGUAGAGAGCUCCAAGGUCCAUAUGGUGAAGCUCGAUGCCAUACUGCUUUUGAGGCAUCUCUGAAUUGGUGGAGCGCCGGACGCGAGGAGUGCCAGACGCGAGGAGCGCAAGUACAGGCACCGUAGGUCGUAGUCCUGUAGGGUUCUCCAUUCACACCAUCGUCUGACCAAAUCGUCCUCGAAUCGGUGAUGGCAAAGCUCUGCCUCUUCCUCGCGGCGGCGGCGAAUGACUUAUUACCUCAUCCUCUUGGCCGGUUUCUAGCUGCAGAUUCCCUCGAGUUCUUGCUGAAAUGGUUUGAACGGUUUCCACAAUAUAAAGGAAGAGAGUUUUAUCUCACAGGAGAGAGCUACGCCCAUGAGGGCAGACCAAUAGAAAACAACCAUCUAAGGCUCGGAUCUGCAGGUCUUGCAUUGCAUUAUGCAAAUCUUAUUACUCAGAUUGAUACACUUUUUUUCUAUAGUCUGAAUCAAGUGCAGAUGGAUGGAUAAGUGUUGACUUGGCGUUAGGCAACUCUCAUGAAUCAAGAGUAUUGCACACAUUUAUGAGGAAUAGUAUUACAUAAUAUUGUCGUAUGUUAUCGUGUUGUUUUGAUUGAGUUCACUAUGCUUUGGCCAUGUAUUUGUGUGAUAAUUUUUUUAAGCUUUUAGGGAUUAUAAACUUACAACAAGAUGGUAAUUUGUAUUGUAUUCAUUAUGAAUUUUGGCAAUUUAUUAUUUAAUUCUUCUUGAAAUUAUGAUAUUGAUUUGUGUUGAUGAGAAACUUGGAUGGCAG